AUCAAAAUUAAUCAGCGACAAGAAAACAAAUGCAGAGUUCCAACGAAAUUGAAAUUCGCAUUUUUGCUAUGGGGAACUGAGUGAUGGUAGAUAAUUCGAAUCCAAAUACGAAGAAGACGGAGCAUCCGCAUCCGGAUCCAAUACUAACCGAAUCCGGAUUUUGAGUUUUUGGUCAGAUCGGGGAUCGGAUCUGAGGGAAGGAGAAGACGAUGCCGGAGACGGGAGACGUCGAUCGUCAGAUCGAGCAGCUGAUGGAGUGUAAAGCGUUGUCCGAGGCGGAGGUGAAGACGCUGUGCGAGCAAGCGAGGGCGAUUCUGGUGGAGGAGUGGAAUGUUCAGCCGGUUAAGUGUCCGGUCACCGUCUGCGGCGACAUCCACGGCCAGUUUUACGAUCUGAUUGAGCUUUUUAAGAUGGGUGGUUCUUCGCCUGACACCAAUUAUCUCUUCAUGGGCGAUUACGUAGAUCGAGGGUAUUAUUCUGUGGAGACAGUGUCGCUCUUGGUAGCACUCAAAGUUCGCUAUAGAGAUAGGCUUACCAUCUUAAGAGGGAAUCACGAAAGCCGCCAAAUUACUCAAGUGUAUGGAUUUUAUGAUGAGUGCUUGAGAAAAUAUGGAAAUGCUAAUGUCUGGAAACACUUCACUGACCUUUUUGAUUAUCUUCCUCUUACAGCUCUCAUUGAGAGUCAGGUUUUCUGUUUACAUGGAGGGCUCUCACCUUCUUUAGAUACACUUGACAACAUCCGUUCUCUAGAUCGAAUCCAAGAGGUUCCACAUGAAGGACCUAUGUGUGAUCUGUUAUGGUCUGAUCCAGAUGAUAGAUGCGGUUGGGGGAUAUCUCCUCGUGGAGCAGGCUACACGUUCGGACAAGAUAUCGCUACUCAGUUUAACCACACCAAUGGACUCAGUCUGAUUUCAAGAGCACACCAACUUGUCAUGGAAGGUUACAAUUGGUGCCAAGAGAAGAACGUCGUGACUGUGUUUAGCGCCCCAAACUAUUGCUACCGAUGCGGCAACAUGGCUGCGAUUCUAGAGAUCGACGAGAACAUGGACCAGAACUUCCUUCAGUUCGAUCCAGCCCCACGUCAAGUAGAACCCGAAACUACACGCAAAACUCCAGAUUACUUUUUGUAAGUACCCAAAAAGAAAAAAACAUCCUUAACCUUGUUCUGUAAUUUCAUUUCCUGUUCGUUAAACUCGUAGUUGUCUUUUUGGUUUUUAGUUAAGAAUGUGUAACCUUUUAACUGAUACAAAGCGUUACAAUAGAUUCUGGUCCAUAUGAAUAAAGCAAUUGUUGUUGAGAGCUA